CACUUCAGACAACACAAGGACUCUGGUUUACUUUACCUCCUGGUCAUUUGUCCAGGAUAAUUCACGAUGAAUAACAUUAAGUGUGUGGUGGUGGGAGAUGGGUCUGUGGGUAAAACAUGUAUGCUCAUGAGCUAUACAUCCAAUGCCUUCCCUGGAGAAUACAUCCCCACAGUGUUCGAUAGUUAUUCUGCCAAUGUAAUGGUGGACGAGAAUCCAGUGGCCCUGUGUCUGUGGGACACGGCAGGACAGGAGGACUAUGACAGACUCAGACCUCUGUCCUACCCUCAGACGGACGUGUUUCUGCUUUGCUUUUCUCUCGUCGGUCCACCUUCCUUCGAGAAUGUCCGUGCCAGGUGGAUCAAAGAGCUGCAUCACCACUGCCCUACGACCCCGAUAGUCCUGGUGGGCACCAAGGUGGACCUGAGGAAUGACAGUGAAGCUCUGGAGGAGGAGAAACUGACUCCAAUCACCACUGUGCAGGGCUUUGCCAUGGCUAAAGAAAUCGGUGCAGCGAAGUACCUGGAGUGCUCCGCCCUGACGCAGCGCGGCCUCAAGACCGUGUUUGAUGAAGCCAUCAGGACGGUCCUGCUGGCCCCCAAAGUCCAGAAAAAACGCAGGUGCCAGAUACUCUGAUGGAGAUCCAUGUGGACCAAGAGUCAGAAUUCCCACCAAAAAAAUCAUCGUCUUUACAAACAGAGAAGAUGUAAAAUUUCAUUUGAAUGUAAAAACAAUGCCGUCCUUUUCUCCUGCUUAUUCCUGUCGAACUGACUAAGGAUGUGAUUUCUUUUCCAACAAACAUGGUGACAAAACCUGCUUCCAGUUUUCUUUUAGGUCGAACCUGAAAGAAAACUGGGCAACAAUUCAUGAAGAUGGGAGAUAUUGCAUCUGAUUGUCUGGAGAUUGUGUGUGGAGUACCUCAAGGGUCAGUACUGGGACCAGUUUUAUUUAAUUUGUAUAUAAACGGCAUAAGCAAAGUGUCUAAUGUAUUAAAGUUUGUGUUAUUUGCUGACAACACAAAUAUUCUAGUCUCCGGUAAAAACGUACCUCAGAAAUCAGUGAAUUAAUGAAAUAGUUUGACAAUAGUAAAUUAACACUAAAUUUGGAGAAGACUAAAAUCAUGUUUGUUUUUUUUAAACAGUUUCAAAAUACUCAGAUUCAAGUUCAGACAGAGGGUGUAACUCUGGAAAAGGUUUAUGUUAAUAAGUUUCUUGGCCUAAUAAUAGAUGACAAAAUCAGCUGGAAACUUCAUAUUAAACAUUUACAGAUUAAACUAUGUAGAAACAUAUCAGUUCCUGGCUAAAACUAGACAUAUUCUGUAUAAUAAAUCAUCUCAUAUUCUAUAUAACUCUCUGAUUUUGCCAUAUUUAUCAUGUUGUUCAGAGGUGUGGGGAAUUAAUUACAAAUUUCAUGGUACAAAAUUAUUAAAUAAUUAAAUUAUUAGUUAAAUGAAGAGUUAAAGCAAGGUCAGAAUUGAAUACAAUUUAAAAGGAAAUAUGAGGAGGUCAUUUUUACAAGAUAUAGAAAUAUGGGUGAGAGAUAGCACUAAUGUGUUUAUGUAAAUUGAGGCUAAUGCGUAUGAGUGUGUGGAGGUAUGUCUAAAUUUAUAUAGACCUACGUCUAUAUAAAUUUAGAAGUAUGUAAACCCAGAUAGAAUAGAACAUUAAUUAACCUGUUUAUUUUUUAAUUUGAUUUAAUAAUGAGGGUCCAUCCGAAAAUAUUGUACGAGUUUAUGGGAUAGGAGUUCAUAAGUUUCUAACUCCUUCCUGCUGCUUUAUGAGCAUGUUAAGAUUGUUGUAGUACAAAAAUGUCUUUUGCAUUCCAUGUUCAUGUGUGUGAUUUUAUACUUCUA